UUGAGGACACCGUUGGCUCCUAUAGAGCGGAUGAGGCUGCUGCGCUGCAGGGGAGACACUGGCACACAACCGAGGGGUCUGCGGGUUCUCUGCCUCCAGCCUGGCUGGGUCAGGGUGCGGGAUGGAAGGAACAGUCCGGAGCUGUGGGGAUGAUGCCAGCGAGACGUGCUGAUGAGAGGACAGGUUGUGCCCACUGCGAGGCUGGCAAGUGUACCCAGGACAGCUCGGUGAGAAGGAGAGGACUCCAAAAAAAGGCACAGGAAUUGUGACAGGUCUGCUUUUGUUUGGGCGCAAGACUGCAGUGACUCAGCUGUUAGCUGUGAUUAGGCAAAAAAGGUCAAUGAUGCUUGAGAGAAGAAAGUGAUAAUUUUUAACACGUUCAGGGUGAAAUUGGUGUAAAGAUUCCAUCACUGAAGAAUACCAGGCGCAGGUACCAUGGCCACAUCUCGGAUGGCAAACAGAGCCACAAGGGACAUUGCUAAUGUGAUGCAAAGGCUGCAAGAUGAGCAAGAGGCAGUCCAGAAGAGAACAUUUACAAAAUGGAUAAAUUCUCAUUUAGCUAAGAGACACCCCCCAAUGGUAAUCAAUGAGCUGUUUGAAGAUAUAAAAGAUGGAACAAAGCUGAUUGCACUAUUAGAAGUCCUGUCUGGCCAAAAAUUACCCUGUGAGCAAGGGAGGCAAUUGAAGCGUAUUCAUUGGGUGGCUAACAUUGGAGCAGCCCUUAAGUUUUUAGAAGGAAGGAGGAUUAAACUGGUCAAUAUAAACUCAACAGACAUUGCUGAUGGAAGACCUUCUAUUGUUCUUGGCUUGAUAUGGACCAUAAUCCUGUAUUUCCAGAUUGAAGAAUUAACAAGCAAUCUUCCUCAGCUGCAUGCAAUGUCCAGCAGCACAUCUUCAGUGGAUAGUGUUGUGAGUUCGGAAGCUGCAAGUCCUCCUAUUAAACGCAAAAUAGUAAACAAGAUCCAAGGAAGCGCCAAGAAAGCUCUGCUCAGAUGGGUGCAAUACACAGCAGCCAAGCGACUUGGUAUUGAAGUAAAGGACUUUGGUCCCAGCUGGAGAAAUGGAAUUGCCUUUCACUCAGUAAUAUAUGCAAUCCGCCCAGAUUUGGUAGACAUGGAUAUAGAAAAGCUAAAAAGGAGAACCAAUCGGGAAAAUCUUGAAGAGGCUUUUUCUAUAGCUGAAAAUGAACUGGGAAUCCCAAGGCUGCUUGAUCCAGAAGAUGUGGAUGUUGAUAAGCCUGAUGAGAAAUCUAUAAUGACCUACAUAGCUCAGUUCCUCAAACAUUAUCCUGACCCCCACCACACUUCAUUAGAUGGGCAGGAGGACAGUAGAGAAGACAGAAUUGUGCUCAGAGAUAUGAAGGUUUGGCUUGAACAAUUUGAAAAAGAUAUUAGUCGGGCUCAAAUGGUAGAAAGCAGCCCACAGGACAGAUAUCAGUCAUUUAAACAGUACAGAGUACAAUACGAAGUCAAACGAAAACAGGUGGAAGCUUUAAUCCAUCCCUUGGGAAAAGAUGGCAAACUGUCACUGGAUCAGACUAUGGUUAAACAAGCAUGGGAGAAAGUCUCAUCACGGAUUUUUGAUUGGCAUUUGCAACUUGAUAAGUCUCUGCCUGCUCCUUUGGGAACAAUAGCGUCCUGGUUGUACAGAGCAGAGGUUGCCAUGCGAGAGGAAAUUGUUGUUCAGCAAUCUCAUGAGGAAACUGCAAACAUUAUGCAUAGAAAGUUAGAGCAACAUAAGGACGUGCUUAAGAACCUGGAUGGUUACAAAAAAGCCUUUCAAGAGAUCCACCGCUCUCGAUCUGUCAACGGAAUUCCCGUUCCCAUAGAGCAGCUUGAAGAUAUGGCAGAAAGAUUCAGUUAUGUUGCUUCAUCUUCUCACCUUCAUAUGAUAAAGUUAGAAUUUAUGGAAUUAAAAUACCGAUUGUUAGCAUUGUUAGUCUUGGCUGAAUCGAAAUUAAAAUCGUGGAUCAUCAAGUAUGGCAGGAGGGACUCAGUUGAACUGCUCUUGCAAAAUUACAUUGCAUUCAUAGAUGGCAAUAGAUUCUUUGAACAAUAUGAAUUUACAAGCCAGUCUCUUAAGCAGGCUGCUGAGAUGUAUGUGAAAGCAGAUGGGUCAGCAGAUGAAGCUGAAAACGUAACCAAGUUCCUGAAUGAAACCACAGUGCAAUGGAAAAACCUUUCAGUGGAGGUGAGAAGUGUCAGGAGCAUGUUAGAGGAAGUCAUCACCAACUGGGAUAAAUACAGUAACACAGUGGCCAGUCUGCAGGCCUGGCUAGAGGAUGCCGAAAAGAUGCUGAACCAGCCUGAGCAUGCCAAAAAGGACUUCUUUCGCCAUUUGCCUCACUUGAUCCAGCAGCACACAACAAUGAAUGACGCUGGCAACUUCCUCAUUGAAACUUGUGACGAAACUGUCUCGAAAGACAUCAAACAGCAGCUUCUGCUUCUCAAUGGGAGAUGGCGAGAACUGUUCAUGGAAGUCAAACACUACGCCCGAGAAGAUGAGUAUGAGAGGGCAAAAAAAGAGUAUGCAGAUGGCUUGAUUGCAUUAGCAGCAUUUGCAGAAGGAGGCAACGAAAGGAUUUCCACCCCUUUGGAAGUGUCUUUUCUAAAUGUCAAGAUGUUUGUGCAGGAUUUAGAGGAUAUUAAACAGAAAAUGCCAAUAAUAGAAGCUCAGUACAAAUCGGUGACAAGAAUGGCACAGCUACUAACAAAGGAAUCCUCUCAGGCAGAAGCUAAUGAAAUGCUUUCAGCUGUAUCAAGAAUCAAGGAUCAGUUAAACAAAAUAAGGGAACACUACCCGCCAUUACUUUAUGAAUCCCAGCAGCUGCUUACUCCACUUGGAGAAUUUGAGGGCCACAUGACAAAUUUCUAUGAGUGCCUAGAAAAAAUCCACGGGAUUAUUUCUGUAGCAGACCUUGACAUGCAGACAGCUUCAGUAUUUAAACAGAAGCAACGGGAGCUGCUUUCUUGUCAAGAGAGCUGCAAGAAAACUUUGAUUAUUAUUGAGAAAUAUAGCCAGGCUGUCCACAAGGCUUUAACAAUCAGUAAAUCACUGCAUCACUUUGAUCGCUGCGUGCUACAGAAGAAGCUGACAGAUGCUCAAGCUGCGUAUCAGAAUGCCCUAAAGAAGACAACAGAAUGGAGGAAAAAAGUAGAUACCGGUAAUAUGAUGAUGAAGAAUUUUGAAGAGUCCAGAGCAGAACUUGAGAAAGUUUUAAAAACAGCUGAAAUGUACUUCAAAGAGACAGGAAACCCCUCUGAUCUCCUUAAGAAACAUACUGAAUUUUUUGGACAGUUGGAUCAGAAGGUACUAAACGCUUUUUUGAAAGCUUGUGAUGAGCUUACGGAUAUCCUUCCAGAAGAAGACCAGCAGCCACUGCAAGACACUGUUAGGAAACUUCACAAACAAUGGAAGGACCUGCAGAGUGAAGCACCGUAUCAUUUGCUGCAUUUGAAAAUUGAAUUGGAAAAGAACAGGAUUUUAACAACGGUGGAAGAGAGUAAAGUGGAGCUUGCUCGAGAGAACAAGAUGUUACCAAUAGAAGGCAGCGAGAAGAUAAUAAGAGAACAUCGGACAUUUUUUAGCGAGAAGGGAUUUUACCAUCUGUGUGAAAAAAGAUUACAUUUAAUUGAAGAGCUGUGUUUGAAACUUCGUGACCGAGACCCGGUGAAAGGGGUACUUGAAUCUAGCAAAACAGCAGUGCGGGAUAUAAACUCCCAGAUUGAAAGCACCCAUCUCAAGCUUAUGGAACACCCAGAUAAAUGGAAGGAUUUUAGGAGCAGAUUUAGUGAAUUGUCAGGCUGGCUCAUAGAGAAAGAAAAGCAGCUGAAAAAGAUCAGAAGCAGCGCAACUGAUUCCACAAGAUAUGGACAAUUCAAGGAUUUGGUUGAGGAAAUCAGACGAGAUGUGACGAAGCAAGAAGAUACACUGAAAUUUCUGAAAGACAAGAUCACUGCACUCUCUGACAUUUCCGUGGAGGCAGAAGUAACUAAGCAGAACAAAGAACUAGCCAGAAUUUCAGCUGAUUUCAAAGAAUUCUUAGAACACCUUGCUGAGAUUGAGAAACUUUUGAGCACUGUCAGAGAUUUUGUACAGUGCAAAGAACAAGUGCAAACUGUUCUCAGCCAGUUAAUUACAAGCACCAGAGAUGCCCAGUCUGAAGCAGAAAAGAUACUGGAUACAGAAAGCUUUACUGAGGCUCAGGAGUUGCUUCUUCUUUACCAGCAAAAUAUUAAAAAAAUCCAAUCAGACAAGAAGGAAGUCCAGCAGCAGAUUACCCAGGCUAAGCAACUGCAAGGGGAGAGAGGACUAUCUGGCCCAGUCCAGGAAGACUUGAUAAGAAUGGAAGUGGAACUGGAAAAUGUAGAGCAGACAAUGGUAAAGCAGGAAGAGCAUUUGCAGGUCACAAUGAACAAGUGGGAGGAAAUAGAAUCAGGCAAAGAAUCAGUAAAAUUGUGCCUGAAGCAGAUAGGUCCUAUUGUUGAUCGCUCUAUAAAUUUUAACACUUUAGAGAGUUUGUCAUCAGAAAUUCAGCAGGCAAAGGAGGUUUGCAAGCAAAGUGAAGAUACUUCAGUCCAAGUGGAGGAUUUAGUGAAGAAAUCAUUUGAGAUACAGCUUGGAGCAAAGAGCAAGCAGUCUCUUCAGCAGCAAACAAAAUCUAUUCAAGAGAAAGUCAAGAAAGUGAAAGAGUCUGUUAAAGAAAAUAUCACUAAAAUGGAAACAGUGAAGAUGAAAUGGGAGGAUUUUAAUCUGGAUUUUGAAGCUCAUUCAGCCUGGAUUUCCGAAAAAGAAAAAGAGCUAACCACGCUGGAAUCUUCACCUUUAUCACCAGAAAUGCAGAUUAUGCAAAUUCAGGAAAUUCUUAAACAGUUAAACUCCCAAAGUAAUGAAAUAACAAACCUUGAAACCAAGUGCCAGUCAUUUGCUCAGUUUAUCACCUCAGCUGAAAUGGCUCGUAUAAGAGCGCGGAUGUCGCAAAUAAGCAAGCACUGGACGGGGCUAAAUGAUCACGCACAUCGUCUAGAAGAAAGUAUUCUGGGGAAUGCGGUGCAACAGCAGAAGUUUAAAGAAACCUUUAGAGAGGUACAGAAUUCCUUGAAUGAAAUUGAAGAUAAUCUGUCUCAGCCUGUUACUAAUUGUUCCUCGGCAGCAGAAACUUAUAGGGUUCUUCACUCCCACCAGGAACUCUGUCAUAAUGUGGAGUCAAUAAAGAACAGCAUCCUUUCAUUAACCACCAGUGCACGGAAACUUAUAACCAAGGAUAAAGCUAUGCAAGAAACUUUAACGCUGCAGCAGAAACAAGAGACCCUAUCAGCACAAGCAAAAGUCAGGCUCAACUUGCUGGAACAGUUGUUAACACAAUGGCAAAGGCAAGAAAGAGACUUUUCCUCUUUUGUGACUUGGUUGCAAAGAAGUGAAACAUUGGUCACUCACCAAGAUGAUGGAUUCCCUGCUGAUAAAGGGAAGCUAGAAGCUGAAGUAAAAGCAAUGAAGGAUCUGCAGUAUGAAGUACAAGCACAAAACCAGCGGUACAAGGGCCUUAUGGAGACAAGUAAGUCCUUGUAUAACACAUGUACUUCAGAAAACCUAGAAGAAAUUAAGGAACGUUUACAAGAGUUAACUGAAAGAUGGAAUGCCUUACCAAGGAGUAUUUCGCAAAGGCUUCAAAGUGUGGAAUCUGCACUUCAGGAGCACCAGAAAUUUGACAGUAUGGUGCUUGAAUUCUCCCUUUGGAUCAAAAAGUUCCUUAAAGAGCUGCAUGAUACGGCUGAGAUAAACACUUCAGACUAUGAAGCUGCAUUACAUAUUAAUAAGAACCAUGUCACAGAGGUGAAACGACAAGAGAAAGAAUUGCAGAGUCUGAAGGGACAGCUUGAAAACCUCUGGUCAUUUACCAGUUCAGAAGAACACCUUGUUCUGCAGGGAAGGGUUGGUGACUGCAUCCAGCUUUAUGAAGAAGCAAUUCAGAUUACUAAUCGCAGAGAAGACAGCCUACCAAAAUUAGGGGAAUUCUUGCAAAUUCACACAGAGUCUACUGCUGUAUUACAGCAUCUGAAAGAAACUGUAAAUACUACAGCCAGUCUGGACAAAGUAAAAUCAGAAUCAUUGGCUAAAGAGUUAAAUGGCAUUGUCGCUGAAAUUGAGAAUCUGACAUCCUUGUCUGUAGGCCUAGAUGCAUCACUUACUAAAGCUCAGUAUCACCUAAGAAGUGGCGCUACCAAUCAGCGGACUUCAUGCAGAGCACUAGCAGACAACCUCAGCUUGGAGCUGGAAGCAGUGCAGACAUAUUUUGGAUCAAAACAAAGUGAGGCAGAGGCUCUAGGAGCCUUGUGGAAAUCAUUUAUUGAGUGUCGGGAGAAGUUAUUAAAGUGCAUUGAGGAUAUUGAAGAAAAGGCAGACAAAGAAGAAAUGAAAGAGCCCACCUUACAAGCACUGCAGCAAAGGCUAAAAUUUUUCAAUGAAUUGGAGGAGGAAAUGAAUUCUCAUAAGCAUGAAAAGCAGUGGCUUAUGGACAAAGCAAAGCUAAUUGCACAAAAGGAUUUGGUAAUGGCUGCUGAAGCAGAUAAAGUGUUCAAUGGUUUAAAGAUGACAUGGGAUGAUACUAAAAGACUAAUUAGUGAGAGCCAAGAGCAGUGCUCAGAACUGAUUAACCUGAUGAAAGGCUACCAACACUCAAACGCUACCAUCAUCAAACUGAUUGAAAAUGCAGAGAACAUGAUCACCAUCAAGUCUAUGCUAAAAGACCAGGAAGACAUUCGGCGCACUAUAGCUAAGCAUGAAUCUACAAAGAAUGAACUUGGUGAGAAUCAGAAGGAAUUGGAUGAGUUUACCAACAAAGGGAAACAGCUCCUUUUGGAUUUAAAAAGGGUCCAUGGAUGUGACUCAAGACCUAUAAAACAGGACAUGGACUCCUCUAUGGAUAAGUGGCUUGAUGUACUAGAGCGGAUAGAUGAUAACCUGGAAAGGCUAAGAGUAAGCCUUACACUGUGGGAAGACGUUCUGCUUAUUAAUGAUGAGAUUGAUGAUUGGUCCAGUAGCUCCAUUUCCCAGAUGAGCGAGAGCAUCUCUAACCUGAACAACAGCCAGCAUAUGAAAACAUGCCUUGAAGAUUUUCAGUCUGAAGUCAGUAACAAAGGACAGAAGCUGGAAGAAUUUCACUUGAAAGUUUAUGAGCUCAAGGAAUUGACCAAAAGUCAGGAACCUCCCACAGAACUCCAGUUCAUGGAAGCAGAUUUAAGACAAAAAUUAGAGCAUGCUAAAGAAGUGUCUCAGAUGGCCAGAGGAACACUGAUGGAAUUUAAUGCACAAAAGAUGCAGCUGGAAACAUUCAUCAGUCAGAUGACUGACUGGCUGAAUAAAGUUGAAGAAUCCGUUCUAAAAUAUGCACACAGUCAGGACCCGGACGACUUAAAGAAAUUAAAGGAUAUACAAAUGGAGCUCCAAACCCAGCAGAGCAGCAUUGACACCACUCAAGAGAAUCUUAACAGUUUGUGUCGUAAAUAUCGUUCCAUGGAACUUGAAACCUUGGGGGGAUCUGUCACUGCUCUGAUAAAGAAGUACGAAGCAGCAAACCAACUUUGCUUGAGAUCACAAACCAACCUUCAGGACACAUUAGAAAAACGAUUUUAUGAAUCCAUGCGUGAAUUUGAAGAAUGGUUUGAAGGUGUGAAGUCAGGGGUGAGAGAGUAUUCUGACUGGUCUGGAGAUAGCAGAACACUGGAAGGCAAAAUACAACAUAUGCAGGGAAUUUUGGAUUCAAUCACUGAAGGUGAAAGUAAAUUGGAUGUUGCCUUGGAGGAAGGAGAAAAACUUUAUUUUUGUUUGCCCAAACCUGUUAUGGUCAGUAUCCAGGAACAGAUCGCCAAAGCACAGAAAGACUUCCAGAGCUUCAAAAAACAGUGCCUUAAAGACAAGCAGGCUCUUGAAGACUGUAUCUCUGAGCUGGGAAGUUUUGAGGAUCAACACAAGAAGCUGAGCUUGUGGAUUCAUGAACUGGAAGAACGAUUAAGAACAGAAACUCUCGGUGAAAGCAAGCAGCACAUCCCUGAAAAGAAAAAUGAAAUACAAAAAGUGGAAAACUUUUUGGAAGAAUUACUUGCUUCAAGAGAAUCAUUUGACAGACUUUCACAACGUGCUCAAACUUUGAAUGAAGAUGGGCUUGGUGGCGGGCAAGAAGUGCGUCUCGCCUCUCAGCUCCAUACAAGUUAUCAAAAUUUGCUAAAAACAAUCAAAGAGAAGUUGAGAAUAUGUCAAGUGGCUCUGCAGGAUCAUCAGAUAUUUGAAGAAGCCCUACAGACUACAUGGUCAUGGCUGAAGGAUAUGCAAGACAAACUGAUUACUACAGAAAGUACAGUGGGCAGUAAAAGUACUCUGGAGAAACGCCUUUUACAAGUUCAGGAAAUGCUUCUAGUUAAAGGAGAAGGGGAAGUCAAGUUGAAUUUAGCCAUUGGUAAAGGAGAACAGGCCAUGAAGAGCAGCAACAAAGAUGGUCAGAUGGUCAUUCAGAUGCAGCUUCAGACAUUGAUGGAUGUUUGGGGGACUGUCAAUAACACAGCAACUCAUUGUUUAAGUGGUCUAGAAGCCAUCCUCGGUCAAUGGAAUGAGUAUACAGAGAGGAAAACUCAGUUGGAGCUGUGGCUAGAGAUGACUGACCAGAAACUAGAACAACCUGUUCAGCCACAGAAUGGCUUAAAGGAAAAGUUCACCCUGCUAGAUUACAUACAGGCAAUUGUAUCUGAUAUAGAGGAUCACUCAACUACGUUACAUCAUCUAAUUGAAAAGGCAAAGGAACUCCACCAGAGGACUGAGGAUGAUGCCUUCUCCGAUUCAGUUCAGAAUGAGCUAAGAACACACUUUAAUGACAUCUUGACAGUUGCUAAGGAGAAGAUGAGGAAAGUUGAAGAUAUAGUGAAGGAUCACCUUAUGUACCUUGAUGCUGUGCAUGAAUUCACUGAUUGGCUUCACUCAGCCAAAGAGGAGCUACAUCGCUGGUCCGAUGCUUCCGGAGAUGUACCUGCCAUACAGAAAAAACUUACCAAAAUUAAGGAGCUGAUGGAUUCCAGACAGACCGGAGCUGAACGCCUAAGCAGAAUAGAAACCCUCUCCCCAGCAGUAAAGCAGAACACAACUGACAGUGGCUGUGAGCAAAUGGACAAUGAAAUCCACAGCCUGCAGGCAGACUGGAAGCAAUGGGAGGACAGCAUAUGCCACAGUCAGAAGGCUUUGGAUGGUCUUUUAAACCAAAUGGCCAUCUCAGAGCAAGAAUUUUCAAAUCAGGUCUCUAAACUGGAAGAUGCAAUCCAGGACUUUAGCUUUUUUCUUGAGAAAUGGACCCAGAAGCUGAAUCAAGGGGAAGGGAAAGACACAGACAAGGAAAUAGUGGAGCAGUGGCACCGGCAAAAGGAUGUCCUUACUGCCCUAAAUGAUGCUGAACAUGUUACAGAUGAGCUGAAGACUAAGCUCAAUGACCUCUGCAGGUUUUCAAAGGAUCUGAGCAUUUACUCUGCAAAGGUUUCUUCUUUAAUUAAGGAGUAUAACAGUCUUUGUUUACAAGCAUCCAAAGGUUGUCAGAAUAAGGAGCAAGUGUUGCAGCAAAGAUUCCGCACUGCCUUCCGAGACUUCCAACAGUGGCUAGUGAAUGCCAAAGUAACAACGGCCAAAUGCUUUGAUAUCCCUCAAAGUGUUUCUGAAGUAUCAGCCAAUUUGCAGAAAAUACAGGAGUGCCUAUCUGAAAGUGAGAAUGGCCAACACAAACUUCAGACAGUGAUGACCAGGGGGGAGCUUUUGUACAGUAUACUGACAGAGGAGAAAGCUAAAGUCACAAGACAGAAGAUGCUUACUGCAAAGGAUGACUGGAAGGGGUUCAUAUCUUCUCUUCAUCAAAAAGAAUCAGCAUUGGAGAAUUUGCAGAUCCAAAUGAAAGAUUUUGAAACCAGUGCUGACCCAGUUCAAACCUGGCUUAGUGCGACAGAGAAGAUAGUACGGGACAGCAAUAACCGUCUGCAUGACCUACCUUCUAAAAAGAAAGAGCAGCAGAAGCUUCAGUCUAUCCUAGAAGAAAUAAGCUCUCACGAGCCACAGAUCACCAGGUUAAAGGAAAAGGCUCAGCAGCUGAGGGAAGGACAGUCUGCCUGCAAAAGCUUUGCACACAGGGGGUCUCAGCUGUCUGCUCAGUACUUAGCAUUAAGCAGUCUUACUAAGGAAAAAAUGUCAAGAAUGGAUAGAAUUGUUGCAGAACACCAACAGUUUUCCCAGGGAAUGAUUGAGCUUGAGGACUGGAUAUCCGAAGCAAUCCACAUGCUUCAGUCUUACUGCCAUCCUACUGCUGAUAGAAGUGUCCUGGACAGUAGGAUGUCCAAACUGGAGGCCUUGCUGCUGGUGAAACAGGAGAAGGAAAUCGAGAUGAACAUGUUAUUAAGCAGAGGCGAAUCUGUAGUAAGGAAUACAUCCCCAGAAGGGGCACCUGCUAUCCAGAAUCAGUUACAAGACUUGAAAAAUACCUGGGCAUCACUUUUGUUAUCAUGCAUACAGUGUAAAAGUCACCUUGAAGGCGCAUUAUCUAAAUGGACAAGUUAUCAAGAUGAUGUCCGACAGUUUUCCACCUGGAUGGGAAGGGCAGAAGAGAGGCUUCAUGACAUGGUCAAGCAGUAUGCCGAACUGAGGGAAAAAACUGCAGCACAGAGCAAAAUAAAGCUACUGAAUGAAGAAAUUCUGAGCCAUAGCAGCUUGUUAGAGAAAAUAGAGGUGAAAGGUGCCAGCAUGUCAGAGAAUUAUGUCACUCAGCUAGAGCUCCAGGAACUUCAGGAAAACUACAGCACUCUCAAAGAGAAAGCAAAGGAAGCAAUUUUUAAAGUGGAUAAACUAGUCAGAGCCCACCAGGAUUAUCAGCAAGGACUUAAAGCUUUUGAAGAAUGGCUGCAGCAGGAGAAUGAAAAGUUGAAUUGCAAUAUGGAUCUUGAUGGAGAUACUCCAAGGCAUGAAAUCACACUUCGGGAGUUGCAGGAGUUACAGGUGCGCUGUGCAGAAGGUCAGGCUUUACUCAAUGCAAUACUGCACUCUAGAGAGGAAGUUAUACCCUUGGGUAUUCCACAAAUGGAAGAAAGAGAGCUUGAAUCCUUGAGGCAGGACUGGCAAGUUUAUCAGCAAAGAUUGGCAGAAACAAGAAGCCAGCUUAAUGCAACCCUAAGCAAGCUGAAGCAUAUGGAAAGUAAAUUCCAAAAGACUGACCAAUGGCUAACAUCCAUAGAGGGAAAGGUCAACAUAAGAACAAGUCGUCAGUCAGAUAGAGCAACAAAAGAGGCCCAGCUGUACCAAAUGAAGAAAUGGCAUGAUGAGGUUUUGGUGUACAAGGAUGAGGUGGAGGAUGUGGGAACACUGGCUCAGCGGGUUUUAGAAGAAGGAAAGAGCAGCAGCAGAGUGGGAAGCCUGGCAACCAUGCUCACAUCUCGUUACCAAGCCGUCAUCCUUCAUAUCCUGGAACAAAUUAAAUUUUUGGAAGAAGAGCUCAGAUAUGCAGAAGAGUCAGAAGUGGCUAUCAGAUCUUAUGCAGACUGGUAUGGUGAGGCACGGAGAAAAUUCUUAACGCUGACAUCAGAUAUUGGUGUAGUGGAUAAAACCACAAUGGAGAAGAAAAAAAAGAACUUGGAAUUUCUGCUGAGUGACAUGGAUGCGGGCCAGAGUCUGCUGAAAUCAGCUCGUGAAAAAGGAGAAAGAGUUCUCAAGUAUUUGGAAAGCACAGAGGCAGACCAAUUGGAGACGGAGAUAAACAGUCACGUGCAAAGGCAGGAAGAACUGACAUAUUCAAUUAGAAGAGAGCAUACAGCAUUAGAAAAGACUUUCCACCUAGCAAAGGAAUUCUCAGACAAAUAUAGGCAGCAGGCACAAUGGCUCUCUGAAUUCCAAGCAAUUCUGCAGACUUCUGUAGAACCCAAAACAGAACUGUAUGAAAAGAAGGCCCAGCUGGCUAAGUACAAGUCAAUACAACAGACAGUUUUCUCUCAUGAACCAUCAAUUAAACUGGUCAUUGAAAAAGGUGAAGCCUUGAUAGGUGUGACCUUUGACAGUACUAUAGGAGAAAGAAUUCAAAAGCUACAAAAAGACUUUCAGGAGCUGUGCAUCUUAGUCAAGACAACUGUAGCAGAUCUUGAGGAAAGUGUGAAGGAACAUGAUGAGUAUAACUGUGAACUGCAAGAUGUGGAGAAGUGGCUGCUGCAGAUGUCCAGCAGGCUAGUGGCACCAGACCUGAUGGAAAGUGGCAACUUGGAAAUAAUAACACAGCAACUGGCAAAUCACAAGGCCAUGAUGGAGGAGAUUGCUGGAUUUGAGGAGCGCCUGAACAGUCUUAAAAGCAAAGGAGACAAGUUGGUUUUUUAUUGUGCGGAACAUCUGCAGGCAAAGUUUAAGCAGAGCAUACAAGCCCAUUUACAGGGGAUUAGAGAUAGCUACUCAGCCAUCUGUAGCACUGUUCAAAGAGUGUAUUUAAGUUUGGAAAAUGAACUGCAGAAGCAUGUUAGCCACCAGGAUACAUUGCUGCAAUGCCAGGCUUGGUUCUCUGCUGUACAACCUGAGAUAAAAUUCGGUAUUAAGGCUCCGCUCAGUCUGGCUGAAGCAACAAAGCAGGCAAAGCAUUACAGAACUCUACAGGAGCAAGCAAACACCUACUUGGAUCUUUUGUGCACUGCGUGUGACUUGUCAGAUGUCACUGUGAAGAAUGCAGCAAUAGAUAUCCAGCAGACAAAACAGACAAUUGAGCAAAGGAUGAUACAGUCCCAGGAACUGACCAGUGGUUGGGAAGAAGUUAUGCAAAUAAAGGCAGAGCUACAAGCAUAUUUCCAGGAUGCAGGUCAACAGCUGCAAAAUAUGAAGCGCAGACGGGCUGAGCUGGAGAUUAAACUUGCCCAAAAUAUGGUCUCACAAAUGAAGGAUUUUAAUCAGAAACUCCAGUCAAAGCAACACAAGAUCACAUUUUUAACUGAAAAAGUAAAUAAAUUAACAAAUGGUCAGGAAUCACCAGAGCAUGUAGAAAUUGGACAACUAAGCAAUAAAUGGUUAGAUUUCUGCUUUCAAGCAAACAAUCUUCUACUACAGAGGGAGGAGGAUCUUCAGAGGACACGAGAUUACCAUGAACGUUUGAACAUAGUAGAUGUUUUCCUUGAGAAGCUUGCCACAGAGUGGGAUAACUUGGCCAGAUCUGAUACUGAGAGUACUGCAACCCAUUUGGAAGCCCUGAAAACAUUGGUCUCAAUUUUGCAAGAGAGAAGGUUUGCUCUUGAGGAUCUUAAAGAUCAGAAGCAAAAACUGAUUGACCACUUGAAUAUUGAUGACAGAGAGUUGGCCAAGGAGCAGACCCGCCAUUUUGAGCAACGUUGGACUCAACUAGAGAACCUAGUGAAAAAUAAAAUUUUGAGUUGUGUUACCACUCUGGAAGAGUUGGGUUUAGUUAACUCCCGUUUACAAGAAUUAACAGAAUGGGCUGAAGAUCAGCAACCAAGUAUCUCUGAAGCAUUAAAGCAAAGCCCUCCCCCCGAGCUUGCUCAAAACUUGCUCAUGGAUCACCUUAGUAUUUGCAAUGAAGUAGAGACCAAGCAGGUGCUCCUAAAAACUUUGAUGAAAGACGCUGAUAGAAUUAUGGGUAACUUAGGGCUCAAUGAACGACAGCAACUACAAAAGGCCCUAGUGGAUUCACAGAAUCAUAUUGACUGUCUUAGUGACUUAGUGAACCAGAGGAAAAAACAUUUAAACAAAGCAUUGUCUGAAAAAACACAGUUCCUUAUGGCAGCUUACCAAACAUUAAACCAAAUCUAUCAACACGAAAAGAAAGUUACAUUACAGGAGCACAUUUGUCUGUUUCCAGAUGAUGUCAACAAGCAGAUUAGAUCUUGUAAAAAUGCCCAAGCUAGUUUAAAGGCUCCUCAGAGUGAUAUAAACGCCCUCUGGAAUCAGGGCAGAGACCUGAUGAAAGAUGCAACUGAGCAGGAGAAAUCCGAAGUGUUAGGAAAGCUACAGGAGAUUCAAAAUGCCUAUGAGAGUGCCUUACAGAAAUGCGGCCAAAGAUUAAUUGAACUGGAGAAAAGUUUUGUAUCUAGGAAGUAUUUUAAGGAAGAUUUAGAUAAAGCAUGCCACUGGAUAAAGCAAGCAGAUGUUUUAACAUACCCAGAAAUAAAUUUAAUGAAUGAUGAUACAGAACUACUUGCACUGCUAUCUAGAUAUCAGCAAAUACUUGAACAGGCUCCAGAAUAUGAAAACCUUUUGUUAUCUCUUCAAAGAACUGGACAAGAAAUCCUGCCAUCACUUGAUGAAGUUGACCAUUCUUAUCUCCAAGAAAAACAUAAUUCUUUACCACAGCAAUUUAACUGUGUUGUUGGAUUAGCCAAAGAAAAGCUUACUAAGGUUCAAGAAGCCAUCUACAAUCGUAAAGAAUAUGCAUCCUUGAUUGAUUUGACAAGUAAAGCUGUAAAAGAAUUAGAAGAAAACUUUAUACUCAUAGAUAAAGUUCCAUCAAGGAUUUCAGCUGAAGAAGUAGCAUCCCUACAACAUGAUUUUACUUCACUUUUAAAUGAAGUAUUGUCACUAGGUACAGCAAUUAAUGAACUUAAUCAAAAAAAGGAAAUUUUCAGAAGUAGUGGUCAACCGUGGCUACCAGAAGACAUGUUGCAGCUUACUUCACAGUAUUAUAAACUAAAAAGGGUGAUAGAGCAGAAGGUUAGUAACCUGGAAGACAUGACAGACGCAUACUGGAAACAUGAGGAUCUGUGCUCCAAGCUAAAUAUGAAAUUUGAGACUUUGAGCAAGGAAUUAGAGCAAGUUAACAAUGAAACACUUCCUGCAGAAGACAAGCUAAAAAGCUAUCGUUCAUUGGCAGCCAACCUGAAGGAUGCUGGAGUUCUUCAUAGACAUGUAGUUGAGCACCUAGAGGAGCUUUCUCCGAUGCUUGAGCAUGCAGCCUAUGAGAAAGAAGAUCUUCAGAUUAAACAGUGGCAAGAACAGCUGAAAUCCUGGCAUCUUGUCAUGAAAGAGAGAAUGGGAGAAUGUGAAAAUAGAUUAGUGCAGAGUAUUGACUUUCAAAUUGAAAUUAGUCGUACUCUUGAGUGGCUAAGACACUUAAAGGUUGAACUUCAUGAACCUGUGGUUUUGGAUGGAAAACUUGAAAAUAUACAGGAAGAAAUAAGGAAACUCCAACUCCAACAAGAGGAAACUGUAUCUAGACUGAGAAUAAUAAAUGCCUUGGGCGUUCGUGAAAAGAAAAAGUAUCUGAAAGCUAAAGAAUGUGUUCCUGUAGAUCUCGAGACAAGCAUCAACAGCCUUUCAAAGCUUGAAGAGGAAGUCCAAGAUGCCAUAAAUAUGAAACAGACUGCACUGGAUAAAAUGUACAGUACUAGCCAUCGAUACCACAAAGUGCUGCAGAGUUCUUUGGACUGGCUGAAAGAUGCCCAAGAAUUGUUACAACAGAUAACUAGUGGCGUGGAUGUAGAAAUGGCUGAGGAAAGCUUAAAAAGUGUAAUGGAGUUUAUUAGUACAGAAAAUAAAUUUAAUGGACAUGUGGAUGAGCUGCAUAUUCUGGUGUCAGAACUGGAGGAUUUUGUUCAAAAAUCAGCACAGGAUCAGUUAAAACAAAGUGUAGCUACUCAGAAGACAAAAGGCAAAGACACAAAGGAGCAAAUUAAAGCUGAAUUAGAUCUACUGAAAAGAUUCACAGCACAGUGGCACUCAUAUCAGGAGGAAAGACAAGCUGUUAUAAUGGCUUUAAAUGAAGUUGAGAUAAAGUUAUCCAGGUUUUCUGUCAUCAAAGAUGUUUCUGGGCUGAAGGCAGAAGAGAAGCUUUUAAACCACAAGUCUCUGGUGUCUCUGGUAAAUUCUUUUCAUGAGAAGAUCACAGCAUUAGAGGAAAAAGCUGCUGUGAUUGAGAAGUUGGGGAAUGAUGCCAGCAAAGCUACUGUAUGUAAGUCAAUGACAACAGUGUGGCAGAGAUGGACCAGGCUGCGUAGCACAGCAAGAGAACAGGAACAGGUAUUGGAGGAGACGGUGCAGGAAUGGAAAGACCUAAAUGACAAGAUUCAUCAAUCUACUUUAAUGAUUGAUAAACUUCAAGAGAAACUACCAGAAAACUUCACUGAAAAGGCCUCCAAGGCUGAGCUGGUUGAGCUGCUGGAAAAUCAUGAAGCUUUUAGUCGAGAAUUAGAACAAGAGCAGACAGCCAUUACUAUGCUACGACAACAUGCUAUUAAUGGGGUGCUAAGGGGUGCAGAAACUGAGUCGGUCUCCCUAGAAGAUACGCCAGUAAUGCAAGAAAUCAAAGCAAUGCAGGAUAGAUGUGCAAACAUGCAACAGAAAGUGAAAAAAAGUAAGAAGCUUGUAGAACAGGAACUGAAGGAGCGAGAAGAUGUUGAAAAGGAACUAAAUGCCGUGAAGACCUGGAUAGAAGAAACCAAAGACAGUUUACUGAAUCCUUCUUCUGAGGGAGACGAAUAUUUACAGGAACUGAAGAUUCUCCAAGAAGAAUUAAAUUCUCAACGUCAUAAAGUGGAGAAACUCUCUGAUGAGCAGCAGAGUAAAUAUUUGGAGAUGUACACCAUAUUGCCUUCUGAGCUCUCCCUGCUGCUUGCUGAAGUGGCAUUAGCACUUGGGACCAUUAAUGAAGAGAUCCAAGCAAGGCAAAGAGAAGCUCUGCAUAACCAGGCACUGCACCGUGGCUUCAGCCAACAAAUUAAGGAUAUGGAAGAAGAGCUGAAAGCAAUUUUAAAAAAACUAAAAGAAAAAACAAGUAAUCUACCCUGUGCGAAAAACGAUCACAAAAAAUUGUGCGAGACAUUAGAUACCUGUAACAUAAAGCUGGUAGAACUGGAUGCUGCAGUACAAGAUUUUGCUGAGCAGAGUCACUCACAGGCAAAGCAACUGACAGACAAAGUGGGAAAACUCACAGAGCUUCAUCAGCAGGCCAGCCAGGAGGCAGAGCAUAAGGCAGGCAAACUGAAACAGGCUGUUAUUCAGCUAGAGGAAUACAAUGAGAUGCUGGAGUUCAUUCAAAAAUGGAUAGAGAAAGCAAAAAUACUUGUUCAUGGUCACAUUAUAUGGACUUCAGCAAGUCAGCUUCGGGACCAGUCAGUAACUUACCAGGCUAUGUUGGAGGAAUCAAGGGAUAUCCACAGUGACUUAGAAGCUAUGAAUGAAAAGACAGAGUACCUUGCAAGUGUAUAUUGUACAGAAGGGAUGGCUCUACAAGUUUUGGAUCUUGGUCACCAAACAGAAGAUUUGCAACAAAUUUUAAGGCAACGUCUUCAAAGCCUCCAGGAUGCAGCAAAGGAUAUGAAGGAUUUUGAAUCUGAGGUAAGAACGUUACAAACUGCACUAGAACAAGCUCAGACCACCUUGACUUCUCCAGAGCUUGGGCGCUUGAGUCUGAAGGAACAACUGUCUCAUAGACAGCAUCUCUUAUACAAAAUGGAGUCUCUAAAGCCAAAAGUCCAAGCUGUCCAAAGUUGCCAAAGUGCUUUAAGAAUUCCAGAGGUUGGCACCAGCCUUCCAAUCUGCCGAACUGCACUCAGGCUUCAAGAAGAGACAAGUCGCCUUCAGCACAUGGCUAUCCAGCAAUGUAAUAUUAUGCAGGAGGCUGUAGUACAAUAUGAGCAAUAUGAGCAGGAGAUGAAGCAUUUACAGCAUCUUAUUGAGGAUGCUCACCGUGAGUUACAAGACACCAAAGUGACCACUAGUAACAUCCAGGAGCUGCAGUUCCAGAUCAAACGCCAUGAGGAACUGGCGAAAAAGAUCAAGGGUUACCAGGAGCAGAUAGCGUCCCUGAAUUCCAAGUGCAAAAUGCUGACAAUGAAAGCCAAACAUGCUACCAUGCUGCUGACUGUGACUGAAGUGGAGGGGCUCGCAGAGGGAAUGGAGGAACUUGAUGCUGAACUCCUCCCUACACACUCUGCUCAUCCGUCUGUUGUUAUGAUGACCGCUGGUCGCUGUCACACUCUUCUAUCACCUGUCACUGAGGAAUCAGGGGAGGAGGGAACCAACAGUGAAAUUUCCUCCCCACCGGCCUGUCGUUCUCCUUCACCUGUGGCUAAUACAGAUGCUUCUGUUAAUCAGGACAUUGCUUAUUACCAGGCCUUAUCUGCUGAACAGCUACAGACAGAUGCUGCCAAGAUCCAGCCCAACAUGUCUCCACCACAAGAGAUUUAUGAGCCAGGAUUGGAGUUGGCUGCUAAUGCCAAACUGGAUGACUUACAACGCUCAUGGGAAACACUGAAGAAUGUGAUCAGUGAGAAGCAACGUACCCUAUAUGAGGCUCUAGAACGUCAGCAAAGAUACCAAGAUUCUCUUCAGUCUAUUUCCACAAAAAUGGAGGCCAUUGAAGUGAAACUAAAUGAGAGUCUGGAGCCAAGCAAAACCCCAGAAAGCCAAAUGGCAGAACACCAGGCUUUGAUGGAUGAGAUUGUAAUGUUGCAGGAAGAGAUUAGCAAGUUACAGGCAUCCUUUGCAGAUGAGUUGGUUUCAGAGUCCCUAGAUUCUGAUGCUGCUGAUCAAUUGGCACUACAGUCUACACUAACUGUCUUGGCUGAAAGAAUGGCUACCAUCAGAAUGAAAGCUUCAGGGAAACGGCAGCUUUUAGAGGAAAAAUUAAAUGAACAGCUGGAGGAGCAACGCCAUGAACAAGCUCUGCAGAGAUAUUGUGGUGAAGCAGAUGAACUUGACCGUUGGUUACUGAGUACCAGAGCAACACUGGAUGAUAUUUUACUUGCAUUUGAAGAACCAAUGGACAUGGAGGCACAGCUGAUUGAUUGUCAGAAUAUGCUGCUGGAAAUAGAGCAGAAGGUGGUUGCUCUCUCGGAGCUCUCGGUGCAUAGCGAGAACUUACUUAUGGAAGGGAAGGCACACACUAAAGAGGAAGCAGAGCAUCUAGCUAUCAAACUUAGGACCUUGAAAGCAAGUCUCUUGGAACUGCAAAGGGUACUACAAGACAAGCAGAUCAGCAUUCAGGCUAAACUAGCAUGGGGAGAGAUGAAAGCCCACAAGCAAGCAGAACAUGAAAAUUUUUACGAGAAAGAGGAGUCAGAAUCAGUGCUGUCUUCUUCACAAAGUCCCAGUGUCCAAGAAUGGCUUGUUCAAUCAAGGACAACACGCUCACUGCAGAAGCAGAAUAGCUUACAGAGGCAAAAAGAACUGGAGCAGGAACUUGCUGAGCAAAAGAAGCUACUGCAGUCAGUUGCGAGUCGUGGCGGAGAGAUCAUAAACCAACAGACAGCUACUGAACGUCCGCAACUCAGUGAGAAUACAGAUUCCUUGUCUCGUGAGUUGGGCCUGGAAGGAUUUAGAUCUCCAUUGGAAGAUCAGAUGAGGAUGAAAUGGGAAAGUCUACAUCAGGAGCUAAGCACAAAGGAAAAACUGGUGCAGAAUGCUUUGGAACAGGAGAAAGAGCAGCCAAUAUUCAGCAAAACAAACAGACUAGUCCACGGGGUGCCAUUUUACAAAGGAGAUAGAAAGGCCCAAGAUAAAUCCUCUGUUACCAAGCUUCUAGGUGGCCUGAACCAAUCUCUUGAAGAUGCAUCAUCUCAGGGUGGUGGAGUAGAAAAGAAGAGUCUCCCCUUUGAAAGAAAACUGUAUGAUGCAGUCUCUGCCACGUCUUCUUGGCUGGAUGAUGUGGAAGAUCAAAUUUUUGUGGCAACAGCUCUUCAACCAGAGGAGACGGAGGCAUGCCUGUACCAUCAAGAGACACUAGCAAAAGAUAUGAAAGAGAUGUCUGAAGAAAUGGAUAAGAACAAGAAUCUAUUCUUCCAAACAUUCUCUAGAAGUGGGGAUAACCAAGAGAUCAUUGAAGACACUUUGUACUGCCUGCUGGGCAGGCUAAAUAUUUUGGAGUCAGUAGUGAAUCAUCGCUGUUGUCAGAUGAAGCAGCGACUGCAAGAUCUUUUGGCCUUUCAGAACGAUUUGAAGAUUCUGUUUACAUCACUGGCUGAUAACAAGUACAUAAUACUGCAGAAGUUGGCAGAAGCAGCCGAGAGACCUGCAAAAGAACAAAUGCAGGCUAUUCUGCAAGCAGAAGACAGUCUUAAAGAACUGGAUACAGAAAUAAAUGAACUGAAAAAACGUGGGGACAAAUUACAAGCAAAUCAGUCUUCAGUGCAGGAGCUUUUAAAAUUGCAGGAUACAUACGAUGAGUUGAUGAUGAUAAUUGGCUCAAGGAGAAGUGGUCUGAAUCAGAAUCUUGCACUGAAAAGUCAGUAUGAACGUGCUCUCCAGGACCUGGCAGACUUAAUUGAAACAGGAACUGAGAAGAUGUCAGGGGGACAGAAAUGCAGUGUUUCCUCCAGAGAGGAAGUUGAGACUUUGUUAGACAAGCACAAGGAGUAUUUCCAGGGCUUGGAAUCACACGUCAUCCUCACUGAAACCCUUUUCAGGAAAAUCUGCAGCUAUGCACUGCCAAGUGAAUCACAGCAUCACUCAAUGCUAAUAGCCCAAGCUUCAGCACUUCUUAAACAAGCUCACAAAAGAGGUGUGGAAUUGGAAUACAUUCUUGAGGCAUGGAUACUUUUGGUUGGAAAGUAUCAAGAGCUAAUGAAACAGCUGGAAGUGAUUGAAAGUAGUAUACCUACUGUUGGACUGGUGGAAGAAACUGAAGAAAGACUACUGGAGAGGAUUGAGCUGUUUGAGUGUUUUAAGUCAAGUUUAACAGAGUACCAACCAAGACUGUACCAGAUUUUAGAAGAUGGCAAGAGGCUUCUGAUGUCUGUGAACUGUCCAGAGCUAGAAGGCCUCAUGAGUCAUUUGGGAGAACACUGGGGGAAUAACGCAAAUCGGGUCUCCAAAGAAUUACAGAGACUGGAAAAUAUACUGAAACUUUGGACCAGAUAUAAGAACGAAUCUACUGAGCUUGUUAAUUGGCUGCGGUCUGCAAUUGAUCGACUUGAAUUCUGGACUCAACAGUCUGUAACGGUCCCUCAGGAGCUGGAAACAGUUCGAGACCAUCUUAAUGCUUUCUUGGAGUUUUCCAAAGAAGUUGAUGCCAAAUCAUCUCUGAAAUCUUCAGUCUUGAGUACUGGGAAUCAAUUGCUUCGCCUAAAAAAAGUAGAUACAGCAUCACUGCGUUCUGAUCUGACGAAAAUAGAUACCGAGUGGACUGAGCUCCUCAUUCAUAUCCCAGUAGUGCAAGAGAAAUUGCACCAGUUGCAAAUGGACAAGCUGCCUUCACGUCAUGCCAUAACUGAAGUAAUGACUUGGAUUUCAUUAAUGGAAAAUGUUAUUAAGGAGGAUGAAGAGAAUAUCCGGAAUGUAGUAGGAUGUGAGGCUAUCCAGGAAUUCCUACUGAAAUACAAGGGGUUUAAGAUUGAUGUCAACUGCAAGCAGCUUACUGUGGACUUUGUUAAUCAGUCAGUGCUGCAGAUUAGUAGUCAAGAUGUGGAAAGUAAGAGAAGCGACAAGACAGACUUUGCAGAGAAACUCGGAGCUAUGAAUAGACGCUGGCAAAUCCUGCAAGGCCUAAUUACAGAGAAGAUCCAGAUGCUGGAACGUUUAUUGGAAUCUUGGACAGAAUAUGGAAACAGUGUCAACACCCUAAAAUCCUGGUUUGAGAGGCAAGAAAAGAAGUUGCAGAGACACCAAAGUAUUGGUGAUCAGGCAUCAGUUCAGAACAGCUUAAAAGAAUGUCAGGAACUUGAAGACUUGAUAAGGGUUAAGGAAAAAGAGGUGGAGAAAGUUGAACAGAGUGGGCUUUCCUUAAUCCGUGAUAAAAAAGAAAAUGUCACGGCAGCUGUCCUAGAGACCUUGCGAGAACUUAACCAUUCUUGGGCCAACCUGGACCAUAUGGUGGGUCAGCUAAAGAUAUUGUUACAAUCAGUACUUGAUCAGUGGAGCAUUUACAAGGAAAUAUAUGAAGAACUGAACAGCUACCUUAUGGAAGCCAAGUAUUCCCUGUCCCGCUUCCGCCUUAUGACAGGUUCGAUGGAGGCAGUUAAAGUCCAAGUGGAAAACCUUAAGAACCUACAGGAAGAAUUAGAAAAGAAAGAAGACAGACUUGAUAAGUUUGGCUCUGUAACAAAUCAACUUCUGAAUUCAUGCAAAUCCUCUUUAAAAGAUACCCUCAAAACUGCUUUGAAGGAGGUCACCACAAGAUGGAAUAGUUUAAUGGAGGAAAUAUCAGAACAGCUACAUUCAAGCAAGACCUUGCUCCAGCUUUGGCAAAAAUACAAAGACUAUAGCGUCCAGUACAAUGUCACUGUUCAACAGCAAGAAGAUCGAGCUAAUCAGUUAUUAAAAACAGCUACCAACAAGGACAUAGGCGAUGAGGAGAUCACAAUCUGGAUACAUGACUGCAGUGUAUUACUAAAAGGCUUGAAUACCACAAAAGCAUCAUUGGUGUCUUUAAGUGACAUAGGAGAACAGCUAAAACAACAAGUUGACACAUCUGCCACUACAGCUAUUCUGUCUGACCACCACUCCCUAAACCAACGUCUGUCCGUAUUGGAGCAGGCUCUUCUCAGGCAACAGGCAAUUCUUCAGACUGGUGUCUUAGAUUAUGAAACAUUUAUUAAAAGCCUGGAAGACCUUGAGACCUGGAUUAUUGAAUCAGGAGAAGUAUUAAAUGGGCAGGAUCCAAAUCGAUCAUCAGACCUCUCUACAAUUCAGGAGAGAAUGGAAGAACUCAAAAGACAGAUGUUAAGGUUCAGUAGUAUGGCUCCAGACCUAGAUCGCCUAAAUGAACUAGGCUAUAGACUGCCCCUGAAUGACAAGGAAAUCAAACGAAUGCAGAGUCUUAAUAGACACUGGACUGUUACCUCGUCGCAGACUACAGAACGCUUCAGCAAGUUGCAGUCUUUCUUACUACAACAUCAAACCUUUCUGGAAAAAUGUGAGACUUGGAUGGAGUUCUUGAUUGAGACAGAGCAAAAGCUGGCUGUGGAGAUUUCAGGAAACUAUCAAAGUCUCCUAGAACAACAAAGAGCACACGAGUUAUUUCAAGCAGAAAUGUUCAGCCGUCAGCAGAUUUUGCAUUCCAUAAUUGUCGAUGGACAGCGCCUGCUUGAACAAGGACAGGUGGAUGACAGUGAUGAGUUCAACUUGAAACUCACAUUACUUAGCAAUCAGUGGCAAGGAGUGAUCCGUCGAGCUCAGCAGAGAAAAGGGAUUAUUGAUAGCCAGAUACGACAAUGGCAGCGCUACCGGGAAAUGGCUGAAAAGCUGCGAAAGUGGUUGGUGGAGAUGUCCUACCAACCUGUCAGUGGUCUGGGAGGUAUUCCAAUACCACUUCAACAAGCCAGGAACCUACUUGAUGAAAUUCAGCUGAAAGAUAAAGUGCUCCACAGACAACAAGGGAGCUAUAUUCUGACUGUAGAAGCAGGGAAGCAGCUCCUUCUUUGUGCUGAUAGUGUGGCAGAGGCUGCUUUGCAGACUGAGCUCAUGGAUAUCCAAGAGAGAUGGAAGGCCACUUCAGUCAGAUUGGAGGAGCAGAAGAAACAGCUUGCAUUCCUACUGAAGGAUUGGGAAAAGUGUGAAAAGGGAACAGCUGAAUCUCUGGAAAAACUAAGAAAUUUUAGAAAAAAUCUGUCUCAUCCUCUUCCAGAUCAUCAUGAUGAGCUACACGCAGAACAGAUGCGCUGCAAGGAACUUGAAAAUGCAGUUGAAGGAUGGGUGGAGGACCUAGCGUUUUUGACAACCCUCAAGGAAAUUUUUACUCAGCACAUCACUGCAGAUGAUAUUGCAAUACUUAAUGAACGCAUUGAGCUCCUGCAGCGACAGUGGGAGGAGCUUUGCCAUCAGGUAUCUUUGCGACGGCAACAAGUCAGCGAGAGGCUUAAUGAGUGGGCCAUAUUUAAUGAGAAGAACAAGGAGCUCUGUGAGUGGCUGACACAGAUGGAAAGCAAGGUCUCCCAGAAUGGUGACAUUAGCAUUGAGGAAAUGAUUGAGAAACUUAAAAAGGAUUACCAGGAGGAAAUUGCUGUAGCUCGUGAAAAUAAAAUGCAGCUACAGCAAAUGGGAGAACGACUUGCCAAGGCCAGCCAUGAAAGCAAAGCUUCAGAGAUUGAGUACAAGCUCAGCAAGGUGAAUGACAGAUGGCAGCAUCUAUUAGAUCUUAUUGGAGCGAGAGUGAAGAAACUGAAGGAGACCUUGGUUGCAGUGCAACAGCUGGAUAAGAAUAUGAGCAGCCUAAGAUCAUGGCUGGGGCAUAUUGAAUCUGAGUUGUCCAAACCCAUCGUCUAUGAAACCAGUGAUUCUGAAGAGAUACAAAGGAAACUUAAUGAGCAGCAGGAACUGCAGAGAGAUAUAGAAAAGCAUAGCACUGGUGUGGCAUCUGUCCUUAACCUGUGUGAAGUUCUCCUUCAUGACUGUGAUGCGUGUGCCACAGACACAGAGUGUGACUCUAUCCAGCAGGCUACACGAAGCUUAGACCGCCGGUGGCGGAAUAUUUGUGCAAUGUCUAUGGAAAGGAGAUUAAAAAUUGAAGAAACAUGGAGACUCUGGCAGAAGUUUCUGGAUGACUUCUCGCGGUUUGAAGACUGGCUUACAAUUUCCGAAAGGACAGCUGCCUUCCCCAGUUCUUCUGGUGUGCUCUACACAGUGGCAAAAGAGGAGUUAAAAAAAUUUGAGGCCUUUCAAAGACAAGUCCAUGAGAGCUUGACUCAGCUGGAGCUUAUAAAUAAACAGUACCGGCGACUUGCACGGGAGAAUCGCACCGACUCUGCCUGUAAGCUGAAGCAGAUGGUUCAUGAAGGGAAUCAGCGCUGGGAUAACUUACAAAGAAGAGUCACAGCUAUUCUGCGAAGGCUCAAGCAUUUUAUUGGCCAGCGUGAAGAAUUUGAGACUGCUAGAGAUAGUAUCCUGGUAUGGCUUACUGAAAUGGACCUUCAGUUAACAAACAUUGAACAUUUUUCUGAAUGUGAUGUGCAAGCAAAAAUAAAACAGCUGAAGGCAUUUCAGCAGGAGAUCUCCUUAAACAAUAGCAAAAUUGAUCAAAUCAUAGCCCAUGGUGAACAACUGAUUGAGAAGAGUGAACCACUUGAUGCAGCAGUCAUUGAAGAAGAACUGGAUGAGCUCCGGAGAUAUUGUUUGGAGGUCUUCGGUCGUGUUGAGCGUUAUCACAAGAAGCUCAUCCGUCUUCCGCUUACUGAUGACGAGCAUGACUUUUCUGAUCGAGAGGUGGAUGUUGAUGAAAUAGCUGAUCUCACUGAUAUCCCAUGGCACACAAAGACCGCAGGUGGCACACUUUCACCACUACCCUCCUCUAACCAUUCAUUGUCACUGAUCGUGCCCAUGAGAAGUGAAAGAUCAGGGCGUGACACUCCUGCAAGCGUGGACUCAAUCCCACUGGAAUGGGAUCAUGACUAUGAUCUAAGUCGUGACCUCGAGAGUGCUGUUUCUCAGGCACUUUGCUCAGAUGAAGAGGAACAACAAGAUAAAAAAUACUUCCCUCAAGGAGCAACUGGAAUCACUGGGGAGUUUGGUUUAGAAACACAGAUUCGCCAGCUAGACAAAGCGCUGGACACCAGCCGCUUCCAUUUGCAACAAACAGAGAAUGUUAUUCGAAGCAGAACUCCCACUGGCCCUGAGCUAGACUCAAGCUAUAUGGGUUAUAUGAAACUUCUUGGAGAAUGUCGGGAAAGUAUAGACACUGUGAGGAAGGUAAGCGGGAAACUAAAAGAAGAGGAGGAGAAGAUUUCUGGAUUCAUUAACUUGAACAGUACAGAGUCACAAUCAUCAGGAGUUAUAGAACGUUGGGAGUUAAUUCACGCCCAAGCUCUUAACAAAGAGCUCAGGAUGAAACAGAAGCUUCAGCAGUGGCAACAGUUUAUCUCUGACUUCAAUAAUGUUUGGGAUUGGCUGGGAGAUACUGAGGAGGAAGUGGAACAGCUUAAUCAGUUAGAUGUUAGCACUGACAUCCAGGCCAUAGAACAGAGGAUCAAAAAGCUGAAGGAACUUCAAAAAGCUGUUGAUAGUCGCAAAGCAAUUGUUCUUUCCAUCAAUUUGUGCAGCUCUGAAUUUACUAAGGCCAAUACUCCAGAAAGCAAAGAGCUUCAAGAUCGGCUAAAGCAUAUGAACGUGCGAUGGGAACGUUUGGGCAGUGCACUGGAGGAAUGGCGCUAUAAACUGCAAGAUGCAUUAAUGCAGUGCCAGGACUUUCAUGAAAUGAGCCACGGAUUACUUCUUUGGUUAGAAAACAUUGACAGAAGAAGAAAUGAGAUCCUUCCCAUUAAUCCCGACCUUGACUCUGACACUCUGCAAGAUCAUCUAAAACUUUUAUCGCAAAUGAAGCGUGAGUUGCUAGAGUCUCAGCUAAAGGUGGCGUCACUGCAAGACAUGUCCUGCCAGCUUCUGGUGAAUGCAGAGGGCAAGGAUUGCCUUGAAGCCAAAGAGAAGGUGCAUGUCAUUGGUAACCGCCUCAAAGUCCUCUUAAAAGAAAUAACUCGUCACAUCAAAGAUAUAGAGAAAAUAUUAGACAUCUCAAGCAAUCAGUUGGAAUUGACUUCAUGGUCUUCAGCAGAUGAAUUGGACACUUCUGGAUCACUAAGUCCAGUCUCUGGAAGAAGCACUCCUAGCAGACAACGAACGCCACGGGGCAAAUAUAGUGUCUCACAGCCUGGACCCUCUGUCAACAACCCACCUAGCAGGUCCAAAGACGAUGGCUCAGGUUCCUACCAUUCUGAGGCCAAUGAGGCUCAGCGACACCAGCCCUUCUUCCUCCGGGUGUUACGAGCUGCUCUGCCACUUCAGCUUCUCCUGCUGUUGAUAAUCGGGCUUGCCUGCCUGGUACCAAUGACGGAGGAAGAUUACAGCUGCACUCUCUCUAAUAAUUUUGCACGUUCCUUUCACCCAAUGCUCCGUUAUACCAACGGGCCGCCUCCUAUAUGAAAUUCUUUCAUGACACGGACACUGAAAAACACUCAGAAACAAUAACUGUUGUGAGCUUUUUAUUGCACUCAUUGUUGCAGUUAUACAUGUGUGCUUACAAUGGUGAAAGGCCACAAUCCUAACAAAUGACAAUGUUCCACAAUUAACAAAUGACACAUUUAUGACUCUUUAUUUUUCUAUCCUCACUGUUUGAGCUCUGAUUGAGAACUACACAUAGCCAAGUAUGAUGUUUAUUUCAUGUUAUCCAGACUCUAACGAGCUCUAAGCUAAUCCUCCAUAAGAGUGUUAUCAGUAUUUGAGAAGAGCCGUCAAGGCAAUUAUGAUAUUUUAGAAGCUUGUAAUAUAAAAUUUUAAAGAGCUUAUAUGGCAGAUAUUUUUUUACUUAAGUUUUUUUUUUUUAGUUGUUUUGUUCCUUGGGGAACUGGGGAGCAUGAACUAAUUCAAACGUCUGCUUUAAAAUAUUUAAGGUGUAAAAAAUAUAAAAGCACUUUUUUUAAGCAAAGAAACUGGAUGUAAGAAAUUAAAUUGUGAUCUAUUAAAGAAGAACGAUUAUCAAAUGCUGAGUAACGAGAGCAUAUUUAUGUAUGUACAGUUUGCUAAGCUCCGUUUUGUUUGUAUUGAUCUCUUGCAAAUAUAGGUAUUCUAAAAUACA